UCCUCCAUCCUCUCUCCCUCUCUCAUUUGAUCCCAUCCCUCACUCCCUGCACCAGAGAGGGAGAGCGUGCACAGAGAGAAGAGCCCGGGAGCCAUCCAGGACGUAGGGACGAAGACUAAAAGGCAUAAGAGAGUGUGAAUCCACUAUGGCGCUGUCUUGGUGUCUUGGUGCAGCUUUGGCACUGGUAUGUGGAUCUUUGUGGCCCCAGGUGCACUCAGGUGUGGCACCUGAGAAUGAGGUGCCACUUCGCCCAACUACGUGGUUACCAGAAGGAAAGAUCACCUCUGUAACCCUACCUAAAGGACGAACUCGCAGGUUAUACUUCACGCUGAAAAAGAAAGCUCCGGGGAUGUCGGUGACAGUCAAUCCUUGUGACCUUCCCAUUGAAUGGACCUUGACUGCUCGCACCCUGAAGGACAAACCCCUCAAAAACCUGCAAUGGAGUACUAAAAAAAGCAUGCCUGAGGUGUGGUGGCGAGGUCCUGGGACAGAGGAGAAAAUACACAGCAAUACUGGCAAUACAGUGGAAAGCUACAGUGGUCCAACCUAUCCAAGCGCUUCCAUCUACAUCCUAAGGCUACGCUCCAAACAGCAGAACACCAGAGCUACAGUGUAUCUUCAUGAAGGCCUGGGGCCUUCAGGCAUCUUCCCUCUGCUCCCAGCUGACCCGCAAGUUCACACAUUAGGUGUAGGCAUGACCAGCGUCACCCUCAGCUGGGCACCCAGUGCCUCCAUAACGAGCCUCCCACAUACACAGACCAGUUAUGAAUACUGUGUCCUUGUCAACUCACAGGAAAACUACCCCAGCCUUUGUGCUGCACAGAAGAGUAUGAGGAAAGAGAAAGACCAAAAACAAGAAAAGAAGGACAGACGGAGCAGGGUGACGGUCUGGCCCAUUUUGAAAGAGUGGUGGUGGCAGCAGUGGGACACUUAUCCUGAAAGUCCUCAAAGUCCACCAGCUUCCCUCACUGAUGAGUAUGAAGACCUCCAAUGUGUGUGUCAGGGGACAGAAAGUGUUUGCACUGUCUCAGAGCUCCUGCCUGAGACCCAGUAUUACUUUGAUGUCUUUGUGGUCGACAGGCUGAAUGGGACCAGCAUGGCAUACAAGGGGACACUUGCUCGGACACAUGAGGAGGCUCGACCUGCUAUUACCGCCCUUAGAGAAGGAGAGCUGAGGUGGGUGACUUUCCAAGACAGAGGCUUCAGCUCGGAGCAGUUCUUCAGUUUCCGUCCUCGGGGUUGGCAACAGAGUGGCCUCCUCACCUUGCAGAGCUGUGGGGAAGGUGAAAAGGUCAAGGUGACUGUAUCUAGUAAAGGUCAGGUCUUGACCUCUCAGGCUGCUGGGCGAGAAUUAGCGCACAUAUGGCUCCAGGGAAGUACUUCCUAUCUCAUCCAUCUGGAGAGAGAAGGAACCGCCAUGGACCACACCUCUGCUGUUACAGACCCAUCGCUACCAGAAGGUCUGACAGCUUCAGUCAAAAUGCAGACCUCAUCAGCUUACCACCGCAGAGGAGUCCCAUCUCUGCCCUCCACCUUACAGAUAAAAUCCUUCAACCGAUUGCGUGGUUGCAGUAGUGUCACCCUAGCAUGGAUGGGAACAGAAGAAAGAAGCCUUUACUGUGUGUACCGCAGAAAGCUUGGAAGCCAUGAAGCAGAAGCUGGCGGAGCAUCAGCUCUAACUGCACCCUGUCUGGGGCCAGAGUCCCGCUCUGACACCGAGAGAGUUCUCUGCAAGUAUUUCCAAGAGCUGAAUCCUCGGCGGGCCGUCACUACAGCUGUGAUUGGGGGCCUGGAGCCAGGAAUGGCCUAUGUGUUUGAUGUCUAUCUAAUGAGACGCUGGGGGAUCCCUAUCAAGUACACCAGCAAGAUGGUGAAGACUAGAAAGGAAUGCUGAGCUGCUGCCCCCUACAGGAGGUUUUUAAACUGUCCCAGUUAAGGGACAAAUGCAUCAGCCACGGGCAUGCUAUAAAGACUGUCCAAGAGAACGAAGCCAUUUGACUGUUGUAGAGAGACUGUUACCAUAACAAGGAAAUAUUCCCUCUGGAGGAGCAAUGGUUACAUUCAAGAUCUCCACUUACAAGAUCUGUGCAAGUGGAUAGAAAGCAUAUGAGAAGGAUCUGCACACCAGCAAAAGUUCAUAACAUUUACAAUACAGUUCCUGUGCUUUUGUCAUUUUUUCCAUUGUUGAUCAUAAUAAUAAUGUGCCAGUUGUCCAAGUGCUUAUUUUGUGUCAGAAUACAAAGAAUGGAUGAGGUUUGUGAUGACAAAAGUCAAGACAAAAACAACAACAGAGACUGUGCCAAAUAUGCAACAGAAGCAGAUGGGGCAAUAAUUAGAUCACAUCUGAGACGCGGGGGUUGUAGUAUAUAUCUCCAGUGCUGCAUAUUGUACAGGCUUAUAAACACAGAUGGGUGCAAUCUACAGAUGCUAAGUUCAAAGUCAGUGUGUAUCUUUGUGUUCUGCUUUCGCAUGAAGCAGUGAAAAUACUUAGUGACUUGCCUCAUUGUCUUUGAUGUAUUCUUGUGCUGCUUCAAACUCAUUAAUAAAUACUUGGGUA